UCCCUGCCUGAAGAAAUUUUGGAAAUUCUGGCUUUUUUAGGCCCAGGCCCAGGUUUCUGGUAGACCCUGAGACAUGAAGUAUGCCUUUCCCUCCCUUUCCUGGCUCCAGCCCUGGGCUUGGCUGUCAUUAAACUCAUUCCAGUCUCAGCUUGGGGCUAAAUACGCCUUCCUGGUCAGACUCUGCUGGCUGCUCCAGACCCUGAUCACCGGUCUCUGGCCUUAUAACCUCCUCUCCACUGAGCCGACACACAGCUGGGGGAUCAGCAGAUGGUGGUGUGGUGUGCUUGGUCACCAUGAAGCUGCUGCACCCAGCCCUCCCUAGCUGCUUCCUUUUGGUACUGCUUGGUAUAUGGAGAACAGCCCCCCAGACUCACGCCUCCUCUGCUGCCAUGCCACCCCUCAGUGCCACUUCCUUCCUGGAAGACCUCAUGGAGCGCCAUGGAGAAAACCACAGCCUUACCCUGACACAGCUGAAGAAACUACUCGACCGCCUGAAAGUGGGAGUAGGCCAGGAUACUAUUACCCAGCCCAAGGGAGGACACAGGAACCUCUCCACGUGCUUUAGCUCUGGAGAUCUCUUUGCUGCCCACAAUUUCAGUGAGCAGUCUCAGAUCGGGAUGAGUGAGUUUCAGGAGUUCUGCCCCACCAUUCUCCAGCAGUUGGAUUCCCAGGCCUGCACCUCAGAAAACCAAACGACCAAGGAAAAUGAGCAGACAGAGGAGGGCAAGCCAAGCGCCAUUGAAGUGUGGGGCUUUGGGUUCCUCAGUGUCUCACUGAUUAACCUGGCCUCUCUCCUGGGAGUCCUGGUCCUGCCAUGCACGGAGAAAGCGUUUUUCAGCCGUGUGCUCACUUACUUCAUCGCCCUGUCCAUUGGAACGCUGCUCUCUAACGCACUCUUCCAGCUCAUCCCUGAGGCUUUUGGUUUCAGCCCCCAGGACAACUAUGUCUCCAAGUCUGCAGUGGUAUUUGGGGGUUUCUACCUGUUCUUUUUCACAGAGAAGAUCCUGAAGAUGCUCCUGAAGCAGAAAAACGAGCACCAUCAUGGACAUAACCAUUUUACCUCCGAGACACAUCCUUCCAAGAAGGACCAGGAGGAGGGUGUGACAGAAAAGCUACAGAAUGGGGACCUGGACCACAUGAUUCCUCAGCACUGCAACAGUGAGCUGGAUGGCAAGGCACUGGGUGCAGACGAGAAGGUCAUCGUAGGCUCCAUGUCCGUGCAGGACCUGCAGGCAUCCCAGAGUGCUUGCUACUGGCUCAAAGGGGUCCGAUACUCUGAUAUCGGUACAUUGGCCUGGAUGAUCACCCUGAGCGAUGGUCUCCACAAUUUCAUCGAUGGCCUGGCUAUUGGUGCCUCCUUCACUGUGUCUGUUUUCCAAGGCAUCAGUACAUCAGUGGCCAUUCUCUGUGAGGAAUUCCCACACGAGCUGGGAGACUUUGUUAUCCUGCUCAAUGCUGGCAUGAGCAUCCAGCAAGCUCUAUUCUUCAACUUCCUUUCUGCGUGCUGCUGCUACGUGGGUCUGGCCUUUGGCAUCCUGGCUGGCAGUCACUUCUCUGCAAACUGGAUCUUUGCUCUGGCUGGAGGAAUGUUCUUGUACAUUGCCCUAGCUGAUAUGUUCCCUGAGAUGAAUGAGGUCUGCCAAGAGGACGAGAGGAAGGACAGCUUCUUGGUCCCCUUUGUCAUCCAGAAUCUUGGCCUCCUAACCGGCUUCUCCAUCAUGCUGGUCCUUACAAUGUAUUCAGGGCAGAUUCAGAUAGGGUAGGACCCUGCCCAUGGGGAGGCGGUGGCAUUGGAUGUCGGGCUCUGGGCCAUCUGUUCCCUGGCCUGAAGACUCAGUAUCCGCGAAGCAUCAUGGUAGAGGCAGUUCUCUAAAAACUGGUAUAGACAUCCCGCCUGCAUCCAGAUGUCAGCUGUUUCAAAAUGCUCUGUCCUAGGAAGAAGCUGUCCUGGGAAUCUCUAGGUAGUGCCUCAAACUGUCUCCCUGACCCCCUUCCACUGAUGAUUCUGGAACUGAAAUGCCACGUGUAGGACCUACUUCCCUUUUCCUCCUGGUUACCCUCGUCUCUCUCUCUUGGAAGAAGCACUGAGAGACGUGGACUAUUUUAUUUUACAAUGUAAAAAUGAAAGUCAGUGGUCAUGGUUUGGUUAGAAAUAUCAGGGUGGCCUCCAGCUUUGGGGCCUGUGAUUCUAAAUGUGUGUACCUUGGACUUCAGCUUGGCCCAUCUUGCCAUAGGUUCUCGUGUUUUUACAGAGAAAGAGCAGAAGACAAGAAUCCUAGUUUUGUUUUUUCAGUCUGAUAACUGUCUUCUGAAAGAGGCUGACAUUCCAAGCCAAUGAGUAGGGCAGGUAGAGAGGCAGGGGCUCAUUUUGAGUGAGAAGGAAACAGAACUAGUGACGGAUAUCCUGUCUGCUUGGUGCUUGUUGAUUUCCAUUAGGAUGCUUGCUGCCUGUUGGCUGUGUGCAGCACCUGGAGUCACAUGACCAGCCAGGUGAGCCACUGGGACGUUCUUUGGAGUGGCAAGAGGUCUGCCCAAAUCUGUUAGCUUUGCCCUGAUUCUCACACCUUACCUAUUGGCUUCCUUUUUCUAGAUACUUUUUAGAUGCCUCACCAGGAGCACAAUUCAGAGCACAUCUAAGAUGUUUGCGUUAGAGGGGAAAUUGCACAAAUUAGUCUCCCCUGGUCAAGACUUCUGCCAAGUAGAACCUGACUCAUAAAAUGGGUACACGGUUGUUUAUGCCUUAUUGUGACAAAGGUAAUCAGAAAUGGAGUCAGUGCGGGCCAAACUUAGGACUUGCUAACUUCAGAAAUAAUAGCUGAAUACCAAGGGACUCUGGGCCCUGAGGUCAAACCUUGAGGUCAGGGCUGCAGGUGUCAUUGCUGCCAGUGGGUUUUAAAGGGCACUGUCCAGCUACCACUUCCUCCCUGGUCCCAGACAAUUCCAGAGAUCGGAUCCUGAAUUGAAUUGAGUGUAAAUUGCUUUCAUUUGGUCCAGAAAAGCGGAUGGUUCUGCUUGUCAUUUCACACCACUGGCCGGCCCUCAGGCACUGUGGAGCCUCCCCUCCUCAGAACUCUGGCUUCCAGGGGAGCUCAUCUCCAGGUUCACUACGUGAAUUAAUUUAUUAUUAUCAUAUUGAUAUGUGGAUUCCUUAGCCACUUUGGGGAGCCAGUCUCUCCCGGAGCCUUUCUUAGUGGUGCCCACAGUCACGUCCCCCGGGCUGUUGUUUGCAUGACUGACAGUGCUGGUUCAUUUCCAAUGCCCGAGUCUUUCUGUUCUGACCACAGGGAAACUGUCCGUUAAAAGCAGCAUAUAUCUAAUAUAUAUGUGUAUAUAUAUAACAACAUAUAUGUACAUAUAUAUGAACACAUGUGUAUGUACAUACAUAGAUGUUCCUUCUUCUUCUUCUUGGGGAGACAUGCUUGAAACCGGGAACCCUGACACACCACUGGAGAAACUUAUGUAUUUGCUCAGUUUCUCUCCGGCUCUUACCUCUUGCCUUUGAGACGAGGCAGGAGGAAGAGGAAACUUGAGCCAUCAAGGUUCUAGACUGAAUGUCAGGGCCAGUCCUGGUAGGAUUAGGGUCCAGUUUUACCAAAGAACCAAUUCCGUCACUGUUAGAACCUAAGCUUUUGUGUGACUGUCACAGUCUUCGUCAUCGUUUGAAGAUGAGUCUCUAUCUUUUCUGUUUCCUUUUUCCUUCAACUGCUUCACGAGCUAGUAAAAACUGACCCUCAAAAUCUCAGGCUGAGCUGGGUGUGGCGACUCACACCUGAAGUCUCAGCAAUUUAGGCGGCUCAAGUUCUACAUCAACCCAGGCUUCGUACUGAAUGGCAGGCCAGUCUGAGCUAUAUAUAGAGCUCCUGGGUCAGCGAGACAAAAUGAAGACAUAAAUAUAAAAAUUAAGACUAGAGCCAAGGCUGUGGCCCAGUGACAGAACUUUUGCCUACUAUGUGUGAGAGACCCUGAAUUUCAUUCCCAGUACUCCUCCAUCCCCCACAAAGAUUGAAAGAUUCCGCUUAACCUUGUUCGUGUAAUAUAUUUUUAAUUUUAGAAUCCCCCCCCCAUCUUGUUAUUUCGUAAAUACCCUUUAUGCUGGAGUAGGACAGUGGCUUACUUUGUUUAGAAGAGCUUAAAAAGAGUCUUCAAGAUGAGAUAGAGCGCCUGCCAUGCACAUGUCACGUCAACUCGAGAACUGUCCUGUGCAGGGCGGCUGCCUUUAAAGGGAACUUCUGGGGCUUCUUCAGAGCAGAAGGCCGGCAUCAGUCAGACCCAGGCAGGGUGCGGGGCCAUGCUCCAGUGGUCCAGCUGGUGACCCAUUGCUGUUGGCAACAGAUUCGCCCCGUGAGCUGAAAAUGUUGCCGCUGACUUGUUUUUGACUUACAGAGUUGAACUUGCUGUUUUAAGCAUCUGUACAUAUUAGAACUCUAAGGGGUAGUGAGUGGUCGAGCAGACUUUCUCCCCUGGCCAUACUGCCCGUAGCGACUGUCUCCUGUUAACACUAGCAAGGAAAGUGCUUGUCACACAGAGGAGCCCUUGGCCACCCAUAGGGUUCUGUCACCACACACUUCAUCCCUGACCUCACCUUUUGUUAUCCAUCCCUGCCCUCCAAUAUUUAGUGUCUGGUGUCAGCAGGGGGAGCCUCCCUCAGUAACCCUUCACUCUGGGUUUUAGAAGACUUCUCUGGAUCUCUUAGGAUCCAGUUUUAGUGAACCCUCUUCCAAAGAGAUGCAGAUGAGCUGGGUGAUUUUUGCAAAAAAACAGAUUUUAUUCAUAGUUCCCUUUACAGUUCCAUCACAGUAUUUUUUAAAAUAACUCAGGUGUUAUGAGAGGAAUUAGAAAUUAAGUAACUUAUAUCAUGUGGACUGUAAAUGUUUUAUUUGUAAGAUUCUAUAAAUAAAGCUAUAUUCUGUAA